AUGGAGGAGAUCAGCAGGAUGGAGGAGAUCAGCAGGAUGGAGGAGAUCAGCAGGAUGGAGGAGAUCAGCAGGAUGGAGGAGAUCAGCAGGAUGGAGGAGAUCAGCAGGAUGGAGGAGAUCAGCAGGAUGGAGGAGAUCAGCAGGAUGGAGGAGAUCAGCAGGAUGGAGGAGAUCAGCAGGAUGGAGGAGAUCAGCAGGAUGGAGGAGAUCAGCAGGAUGGAGGAGAUCAGCAGGAUGGAGGAGAUCAGCAGGAUGGAGGAGAUCAGCAGGAUGGAGGAGAUCAGCAGGAUGGAGGAGAUCAGCAGGAUGCGUCAGUCUGAGGCCGCCGCGCCCGAGCGCAGUCCGAUUGGCAUCAGCUUUAGUCUGGCUCACAGUGUCUGUGCGGCGUCUGUGUGGCGUCUGUGCGGCGUCUGUGCGGCGUCUGUGCGGCGUCUGUGCGGCGUCUGUGCGGCGUCUGUGCGGCGUCUGUGCGCACCGAGCCAAAACACCGGACACUAA